AUGCCCGCGCAUCCAGACGCGCAACUACACCCUGUGGCGACUGGGCUGGCCAAGGGCCUGGUUGACCAGCACCAGGCCGAGCAGCCAUUGAAGCUUUAUGCUGGCUGGUUUUGUCCCAAUCUACCAGCUAAUCAACCCCCAACAGUGCAGCGAGUCUGGCUCGCGCUCGAAGAAAAGCAAAUCCCUUAUCAAUACAUCGAAGUGAACCCAUACAACAAACCCGACUCGCUACUCAAACUCAACCCACGCGGGCUUGUGCCGACUCUCGAGGUGCCCAAUCCGCAAGACCCAUCCAACCCGAAACCACUAUACGAGUCAAACAUUGUGCUCGAGUAUCUCGAAGAGGCCUACCCGGAUCACAAGCCGCAUUUCCUGCCGGAGAAUAAUCCAUAUGAAAAAGCGCGCGCGCGCAUCUGGGUCGAUUUUGUGACCUCGCGUGUAAUCCCGGCUUUUCACCGUUUUCUGCAGUAUCAGCCUGAAGCUAACGCGUCUCCGGAAGACGCUGAGGCCGGACUUGAGAAAGUCCGUACUGAGUUCUUGGGCGCUCUGAAAACAUGGAUCAACGAGGCCGAUCCAGAAGGACCGUACUUUUUGGGCAAGGAUAUCUCGCUACCGGAUCUUGUGCUGGCACCCUGGGGGGUUCGAUUGUGGUUGUUCGAUCAUUUCAAGGGAGGACUGGGAUUGCCAGCCGAGGGCUCAGUCGACGAUGACCAGGCCUGGCAGCGUUGGAGAAAGUGGCUCAAGGCCAUUGAGGCUCGGAAGAGCAUUCAGCAGACGACGAGCGAAACGGAGCAUUAUCUGCCCAUCUACAAGCGAUAUUCGGAUAAUGUUGCGCAGAGUGAGUUGGCCAAGGCGACGCGGACAGGACGGGGGGUGCCUUGA